AUGGGGAAACGGAAGCAAUUGAAAGAUGUUGAAAUGAAGGAUGGCGGGGCUGACGAUAGCAGCAGCGACGAGGAUCUUGAUGUGAUUGACGUUGACUUCGAGUGGUUCGAUCCACAGCCUGCGGUGGACUUUCACGGCCUCAAAGUGCUGUUGCGACAGCUCUUCGACUCCGAUUCGCAACUCUUCGACCUGUCUGCGUUGUCUGAUUUAAUCCUAUCACAGCCAUUGCUGGGGUCUACGGUGAAAGUAGACGGGAACGAAACCGACCCAUAUGCUUUUCUCACCGUUCUCAAUCUGCAGCAACACAAGGAUGUACCCGUAAUCAAAUCGCUAACAAAUUACAUUCGAACCAAAUCAUCCAUUCCGGGCUGCUCUCCACUGAACCAAUUGCUCUCUCAGCCUGAAAUGCCAGAAAUAGGACUCAUCCUGACUGAACGCCUGAUCAACGUACCAGCCCAGGUGGUUCCACCCAUGUACACCAUGUUGCUUGAAGAGAUAGCGUGGGCUUUAGAGGAGAAGGAACCGUACAGCUUCACACACUAUCUAAUAAUAUCGAAAACAUACCAAGAAGUUGCGUCAAAGCUGGACGAGGAGGAUGACCGGCCGCAGAAGAAGAAGAAAAAGGCCGCCAAUGAUAGCUCAGAGACAUUCUACUUCCACCCCGAGGAUGAAAUAUUGCACAAACACGCCCUCUGUUAUGAGGGGUACAACUACACACACGAAACCGAGGGUCAAUCUGACUCGAAGAGAGCAUUCCAGGACCUAGGAAUACAUCCACAAGGACACAUGAUCCUCAUAGAAGCGUCGAAAUUUGAGGCUGCAGUGACCAAUCUGAAGGAGUUCCUAAACCCAUCGUCGUAA